UAAUGGGGACAGGGAGUAACAACUCUUCCAACCCAAGGCCACCUACUUGGUAGAAUCCCUCCAGAUUCCAAGUCACCGCUUGUUAGGACACAAGGCUGCUGACGGAGGACAUGAGUAAGUACCACAGCGAGCUGAGCGAGCGGGAGAAGGACCUGCUGCUGAUCCGGAGGGCCAGCGGAGCUCAGUCCUCCCAGCUGGCCCAGAUGGAGAAGAUGCUCACCCAGACCAAAGGCCUGCUGGACAAGAAGACUGAGAUGGGUAUGGAGGGCAAGCCUUGCGAAGGGGACACCAUGGUUCAGGACCUGGAGGAGAAAGUGCAGCGUAGCAAGCGCGACCGUCGCAAUUCGCUGCACCGCACGCAGCUGCUCGAGAGCCAGAUGAAGACAGUGCGUGGCGAGCUGGUGGACACGCUGGACCACCUGCAGGAGCUGCGCAACGUGCUGCGCCGCUCGCAGCAGCAGGCCGAAGAGCGCAAGGCCGCCAUGGAGAAACUGUCCACUGGGCUCAGGGAAACACAACAGGAGUUGGAACAGAGGAAUGAGCAGGUUAAGGACAAGGACGUAGCGCUGAAAGACAUACAGCAUGAGCUCCAGCAGAAAGACUUACAGCUGAGCCAGUUGGAGUCUGCAGUCAAGGAGCACAGCUCUGACAUGGAGCAGAAGCUCCUCUUCCUGCAGGAGGCAACAGAGAGGUCCGAGAGGGAGUUGAGUGAACGCAACAAGCAGCUGAGCCAGUUGGAGUCCGCAGUCAAGGAGCACAGCUCUGACAUGGAGCAGAAGCUCCUCUUCCUGCAGGAGGCAACAGAGAGGUCCGAGAGGGAGUUGAGUGAACGCAACAAGCAGGUGGCGUUCCUUAGCGAGCGGCUAGAGCUGGUCAAGGCCCAACUGCAAGGGAAGGAGACCCUGGAGGAGGAGGCCAUGUGGCAGGACCAGCAGCUGCGGGAGUGCAGGGAGCAGCUCCAGGGGACGGCGCAGGGCCUGCAGGAGAUGCGCAGCCGCUGUGAGACUCUCGUCGUGCAGUUGGAGGAGAGCACCGUCCUGGGCAGAGAGAAGGAGAGCCAGGUGGGGCUCCUGGAGGAGGAGCUGGCCAGGGUUGCGGAGCAGGCUGCCCAAACUGAAGACAGGCUGCAGGACGCCAUGGCCACCCUCACCCUGGAGCUAGAGGCAGUGUGGAGAAAGCACCAGGCAGAGCUGGCUGUGCUGCAGGACAGCCAGGCGGAGAUGAUGAAGGCCUCGGAGUGUGUCGCCAACACGCUGCGCAGCUCCCAGGAGCUCCUGAGCCGGGAGCUGCAGCACACACGGGUCCAGCUGGACGAGGCCCAGCACAAGGCCGCCGCCCUGCUGGCCGAGCUGCGCGCCCGCGAACACCUCAUGCACAGCACGAGCGAGGCCCUGCUUCUCAAGGAGUCGGAGGUUACCCGGCUAAAGACUAAGAUCUCCAGUUUUGAGCGCGGGGCCGAGCUGAGAAGCCUCUCACAAAGCAUGGGGCUUUCCCUUCCAGCGCUGACCAGCAACACCUCCCGCAACAACUCACCCCCACCCCACCGGAGCGGGGAGAGAGCGGCCCACUCCCCAGCCAGGAGACCCUGGGUAGCGGCCGGGGACGACGGCACCAGGGAAAUGCCCUACGGUGAGCGGGAUGGUGAGCGGACUCUGAACCCUCGGGAUUGCGCGCUCUGGACGAGCCUCGUCUCUGGACAGGGGGCCCCUUGAAAGAAAUUGUAGUGGAAGAGGUUGUCUUUCAGAGGGUUUCAGAGCAUGUUUCAACUAUUCUGGCCUCCAAUGAGAGGGGAGUGGAUCUUGCCAGGUUUCCAUAG